CGUUUUCCAAAAAUCGCAAGUCAAUGAAGUAAAGUAAGCGGUGACUGAAAUUUUGUGUUACUUCCAAUUAAAUUGACAUUUGUAAAUUGUAAAGCUAAAAGAUGAAUAUAACAUCUGCUGGUGGAAUACUAGCACUUCUGGAUGAAAAUCAAGCUGAAGUGCAUGAUUUUGCUUUGAAAAAAUUAAAUAAUAUAGUGGAUGUGUUUUGGCCUGAAAUAUCAGAAGCUAUUCAAAAAAUUGAAACAUUAUCUGAAAAUGAAGUUUUUAGUAGCAGACAAUUAGCCGCUUUAGUUGCAUCUAAGGUAUACUAUCAUCUUGGAUCAUUUGAAGAUUCUGUGUUUUAUGCUUUAGGUGCUGGUGAUUUAUUUGAUGUUAAUCAUUCUUCUGAAUAUGUUGAGACAAUUAUUUCUAAAUGUAUUGAUCAAUAUACAAAGCUGCGUGUUCAUAAUGCUGAGAGUACAGAACAACAGGUGAUUGAUAAUCGUUUAGAGGCAAUUGUAAAUCGUAUGUUUCAAAGAUGUUUUCAAGAUGGUCAGUACAAACAAGCUGUUGGUAUCGCUUUGGAAACACGACGCAUGGAUAUUUUUGAAGCAGCAGUUAUGCAGUCAGAUGAUGUGGUUGGUAUGCUGUCAUACAGUUUUAAAGUGACCAUGUCAUUAAUACAAAACAGGAUGUUCCGAAAUCAAGUUUUGCAGACAUUAGUGAAUCUGUAUAAAAAUUUAGAAACUCCUGAUUAUGUAAAUAUGUGCCAGUGUCUUAUCUUUAUUGAUGAUGCUCAAGCUGUUGCAGAUAUAUUAGAAAAGCUAUGUAAAGGAAAUGAGGAGCUGUCAUUAAUGGCUUUUCAAAUAGCUUUUGAUUUGUACGAAAGUGCAACACAGCAGUUUCUGGGUCGUGUAUUACAGGCUUUGAAAGCUACUGCUCCAAUUCCAUCCAAUUUAAUAUCUAUUUUACCUAAAUCAGAAGAGAAACCAGAAGGGGAAGCUAUGGAAACAGAUGAAGCACCUAAAGAAGUAGCGAUUCCACAGCCUAAAUUAGAAGAUUUAAGUGAAGAUCAGAAAAAACAUCAAGAGAGAAUAGAAAAAUUAGCAACUAUUCUUGGUGGUGAAGUUUCAAUAGCCUUAAAUUUACAGUUCCUCAUUAGAAAUAACCAUACAGAUAUGCUCAUUCUAAAGCAGACUAAAGAAGCAGUAAGAAAUUCUGUAUGUCACACAGCUACUGUUAUUGCCAAUUCUUUCAUGCAUUGUGGCACAACUAGUGAUCAGUUUUUGAGAGACAAUUUGGAAUGGCUUGCCCGAGCAACCAAUUGGGCAAAAUUUAGUGCAACAGCUAGUUUAGGUGUGAUUCAUAAGGGCCAUGAAAAUGAAGCCUUGCAUCUGAUGUCAUCAUACCUUCCUAAAGAUUCUGGUUCAUCUGCUGGCUACACAGAAGGUGGUGGGUUAUAUGCUUUAGGACUUAUUCAUGCAAAUCAUGGUGCUGCUAUUAUUGACUAUUUAUUAAAUCAGUUGAAAGAAGCAACGAAUGAAGUUGUUAGGCAUGGAGGAUGUCUUGGCUUAGGAUUAGCUGCAAUGGGUACUCACAGACAAGAUGUGUAUGAACAGUUAAAAUUUAACUUAUACCAAGAUGAUGCAGUGACUGGGGAAGCAGCUGGAGUGGCUAUGGGUCUAGUUAUGCUUGGAUCAAAAUCUGCUGCUGCUAUAGAGGACAUGGUUGCGUAUGCUCAAGAAACUCAGCAUGAAAAAAUCCUGAGAGGUUUAGCCCUGGGCAUAUCUUUAACAAUGUAUGGGCGAUUAGAAGAAGCCGAUGCACUCAUAGAGAGCCUAUGCAGGGAUAAAGACCCUCUUCUGAGGCGUUCUGGAAUGCAUACAGUAGCGAUGGCAUACUGUGGCACUGGUAAUAAUAAAGCAAUACGCAAGCUGUUACAUGUUGCAGUCAGUGAUGUUAAUGAUGAUGUUAGAAGAGCAGCUGUUGAAGCUUUAGGGUUCAUUUUAUUUAGAACUCCAGAACAGUGUCCAAGUGUUGUUUCUUUGUUGUCUGAAAGCUACAAUCCUCAUGUCCGGUAUGGAGCAGCUUUGGCUUUGGGUAUAUCAUGUGCUGGAACUGGAAAUAAGGAGGCCAUCUCAUUACUAGAACCUAUGACAAAUGAUCCUGUAAAUUAUGUACGGCAAGGUGCUUUAAUUUCUUCUGCAUUAAUAUUAAUUCAACAGACAGAGCAGACUUGUCCAAAGGUGAAAGAUUUUCGACAAUUAUACAGUAAAGUAAUUAGUGAUAAACAUGAUGAUGUUAUGGCGAAGUUUGGAGCCAUCUUAGCACAAGGCAUUAUUGAUGCAGGUGGACGAAAUGUUACAAUCUCUCUUCAGUCUAGGACAGGACACACAAACAUGGCAGCAGUUGUGGGAAUGCUAGUCUUUGCUCAGUUUUGGUAUUGGUUUUCUUUAUCACAUUUUUUGUCCUUAGCAUUUACUCCAACUGCAAUAAUUGGGCUAAAUGCAGACUUAAAGAUGCCUAAAAUGGAAUUUCGCUCAAAUGCCAAACCUUCUACAUAUGCUUACCCACCACCUUUAGAAGAAAAGAAAGAGAAGGAAAGAGAAAAGGUUACAACAGCAGUUCUUUCAAUCACUGCUAAAGCUCGCAAGAAGGAAGUAGAAAAGAAAGAACGUGAAGAAAAAAUGGAAGUGGAUGAAGAAAAGAAAGAAAGUGAAAAAGAAUCCACAUCAAAGGAUUCUAAAGAUACAUCAUCUAAAGAAUCUGGAAAAGAUUCUGUGAAAGAUAAAAAAGAAGAUACAGAUAAAGAAACAGAGGAGAAGAAAGAUGAGAAAAAGGAACCAGAAGCUAAUUAUGAAAUGUUAACUAAUCCAGCUAGAGUAAUGAGGCAACAGCUGAAAGUACUUCAAAUACCUGAAGGAUCUAGGUAUCAACCAUUGAAAGAGGUGACAAUUGGUGGAAUAAUAAUGAUGAAAGAUAAUAAAAGUGAAGAUCCAGAGGAAUUAGUUGAGCCAGUUGCUGCUGGUGGACCCAAAGUUGAAGAUGAAGAAGAACCUGAACCACCAGAAGAUUUUGAAUACCUUGAUGAUUGAUAUGCUAAUACUUUAUAGAAGUUGUGCUUUGAAGUUCAUCUGCAGCAGAAGAACAUUUGUUUUUUAUAUUUAAAGAAUCUAUCAUCUGUAUUAAUAAGCAUAACAAACAUCAUAAUAAACUAUUGCAUUUUUUAUGCUAAAAACUG